UGGGAUAAUGAGAGCAGUUACUGAUUCGACUUCUCAUCUCUCCCGCCAUCCAAACUUGCGACAACCUCAACACAUACCUCACCAAGCCUUCUCAAACCCCAAAACAUACACCAUGUCGUACAAUCCGCGCAUGAGUAUAGUGCCUAAUAUGCAACAGCGAAAUCGCAGCAAAAAGAAGGAGGAGGAAGGCGACGAUUUCGUUCUGAAAGAUAAGGAAAUCGUAGGGUGUAUCAACGAUAUCGGUGUUCCAUUCACGGCGGCAGACCUCCAGAAGCCAAACCCUCAGCAAAUUCAGAUAAUCUUCGAAUGGUUUGCGGAAGUACUGAUGAACGCGACUCGAGAAACAGUCGACCCAGCGAUGCGCGCGGCUGCGGAAGAUGUGUGCGGCGAAUAUAUGGAUAUGAUUCCUGCGGAGACACGAAAUCUGAUGGGAUUCUAUAUCAGCCUGCGCAAACUGCUAAUGGAGUGCGGCGUGAUGGAUUUCUCAUUUCAGGAUCUUUACAAGCCGACGCAUGAUCGCCUGGUCAAGAUAUUCUCCUACAUAAUCAAUUUCGUCCGGUUCAGGGAAAGUCAGGCGCCUGUGAUUGACGAACAUUUCAACAAGGCGGAGACGACCAAGGCUAGGAUUGAGACGCUGUACAUGGAGAACCAGGAUAUGGAGGCGCGCCUGGAGGAGAUGAGGCGCAACAAGAAGGCCAUGGAGGCCCAUGUUGCAGACAAGGUGAAGCGAAAUGAGGAGCUGAAGAGACGUCUUUUGGACUUGCGCCAGAGCCAAGAGAAGGUCACCCGUCGAUUCGAAAAUGUUAAGACGAAGAAGAGCGAGAUGACGGCUGUGCUAGAGGACAAGACUGCUACGAUACUGCAGCUGAGACAAGAGAGUGCUAAACUUCGACCUUAUGUUCUCCAAUCACCUGCGGCUCUCCAGGCAUCUUUGACCGAGUUGAGCAAUGCGCUGAAUGCGGAAAAGAGCCAGAUUGAUGCUAUGGAUCGACGGGCAAGAGCACUUCAGACAUCCACAGAUACCUUCUCUGUUGUGUCUACAGAUGUAGCAUCAUGCAUCAAGCUUCUGGACGAGAUCUCUGCGGAAUUAGCGAAGGAAGAAGAAGAGAAUGUACGCAUCGCAAAACAGAGAGAUGCGCUGGGAGAACGAGGCAACAAUGUUCGCGAAGUUGAGAGAACAGAAGGCUUACUGCAACGCCAACUUUCUAAGUGGAUGGAGCGGACGGAUAAGCUUCGCGAAGGCAGUAAGGAGAAGGCAAUGAGCGCCAAGGAGAGAAUGGAGGAGCUGCGGGCAGUUCAUAGGAAGCUGACUGAGGAGCGGUCGGAGAAGGGCCGCGAGAUGGAAAGGAGGAGAGUACGGAUUGAACAAACGGAGAAGAAGAUGGCGGACUUGAAAGAGAACAUCGAGAACGAGAUUCACAGUUCACAUGAUGAAUUCUUGAAAAUGGACUCUCACAUCAAAUUGUAUAUAAAAGAGAUGGAGCAAUCCAUUUGAGUGUGCAUCGGUUCUUGUAUUCUUGUUUAUUGGGCUAGGUAGGGUCGGGAAUGGUGGAUACUGGGGCUGGGAUAGUAAAGGCGUUCUGGUAUACCUGUUGAUAGCAUGAUUAUGACCGCAAUAUAUUUCAGUAGACUUUAUCAGAGGAGCAACCUGUCCAGCACUUAGUUUUCUUGAGCCCAAUCCCCUUUCUCAAAUCUAAACCACCUCCCUAGAACCCUUCCAACCUCUACCGUCCUCCCACUCCACCCACCAUCCUCACUCUCCAGUCCAAUACGCUUCACACUGCCAUUCAACAUCGGCAACCUUUCCUCCCAACCCGUCGUCCUGCUCUCCCUUCCUUCCCCUCCAUCACUAUAAUUACCGCCAAUAUUACCAUCAGCAUCCCACUCCCUCUCCUCAAUCACCACAACGCCCCUCCCUCCCCUCCACCCAGCCUCCACCAAAGCCGCAACGCUGAUCCCCAGUCCUUGCGCACUCCACUCACUUGUGUCUCUAUGCAAAGCCACCAACCCAUACACAACCAGCAACGGCGACCUAUUACUCAUCUUCUCGAACUUCUGCUUUGGUGGUCCUUCUCCUGUCGUCUCCCUUCCCUUUUCUGCCUCGCCUGAGAAGACAGCUAAAUAAGCACGUAAGUGUGAGAGUGUAGGUAUGAAAACCAGAUUCACGAAUCGUGAUGCGACGAUUUGGUGGAGUGUUGCGACGAGGAGGGGAUGGUGGAUUACGCGCUGACGUUCUUGGGCUUCUCUCUCACCCUGCCUUUCUGGCUCAAAUUCCACUGGCUCGCCUUCAUUCUGGCCAUGACCCGGUAAUGACUGCUCUACGUAGAGAGGCGGCUGGCGCUGGACAGUGUUCGGCAUACAUCUUUGGAGAGAGGAGAGGAAGUUUGCGCGCGAUUGGCAGAUUAGGAGGGUUGUUGGGUAGGUUUGGUGGCUUAGAAUAUAGGUGAGGAGUUCGGAGGGGAGAGCGGGCGUGAUGGCGAGGGGCUGUGGUUGUCGUUGUGGCAUUGAAUUGAAGUCGUUGUUGGAACGUUGUUAACUUAAUGGAGGGGUAGAUUCCGGGGGUUGAGAUUGAGAUUCCGGGGUACUGGAUAAAUGCGAGCUUGAGAUUAGUGCUGGUUGUUAAUUGAUGUCAAAUGGAGAUUAUGGUGUAUCAAAUUCCCAGUAGUCAUCCAACAUUUUCAUUGUCUUGAAUGUGGC